AUGAGAUUCCGCAAACAUCAUAGAGGGAAAUUAAAAGGAAACGCCUCUCGCGGUAAUAAAAUUUGCUUAGGAAAAUAUGCUCUUCAGGCACUUGAGCCCGCUUGGAUCACAUCUAGACAACUAGAAGCGGGUCAACGGGCAAUGUCACGAAAUGUUCGCUGGGGUGGACAAAUAUGGGUCGGCAUAUUUCCAGACAAACCAGUUACAGUAAGACCUACCGAAACACGUAUGGGUUCGGGAAAAGGAUCGCCUGAAUAUUGGGUAGCUGUUGUUAAACCCGGAAAAAUACUUUAUGAAAUGGGAGGGGUCCCAGAAAAUAUCGCUAGAAAGGCGAUUUCAAUAGCGGCAUCCAAAAUGCCUAUACGAACUCAAUUCAUUUUUUCCAAAUAA